UUGGCCAUACUGAGCAUGCUCUAAGGGUUUUGAGCAUGCUCAGAUGCACAGGAAAGGAGAAAGUACUUGGGACUCCUGCCGUGGCCUCUUCCUCGACGGGAUGCCGGCGCCCGUGUUUUGCUCGAGCUGCGGGGCUCGCCGCGCCGCGCUCCGCCGCCCCAAGACGGGCCAGGCGCUGUGCCGGGAAUGCUUCGUGGCGGCCUUCGAGGAGGAGGUGCACGGCACCAUCGUGGCGGCGCGGCUCUUCCAGCCGGGCGAGACGGUGGCCAUCGGGGCGUCGGGCGGCAAGGACUCCACGGUGCUGGCGCAUUUGCUGCGGCUGCUGAACGAGCGCCACGGCUACGGUUUGCGCCUGCUGCUGCUUUCCGUCGACGAGGGCAUCGCCGGCUACCGGGACGACUCGCUGGCCGCCGUGCGCCGCAAUCGGGGCCGCCUGGGGCUGCCGCUGCACGUGGUCUCCUACCAGGAGCUCUACGGCUGGAGCAUGGACCGCAUCGCCCGCCACAUCGGCCCCAAGAACAACUGCACCUUCUGCGGCGUCUUCCGACGGCAGGCGCUGGACCGAGGCGCUGCCUUGCUUGGAGCGGACAAGAUCGCCACAGGUCAUAAUGCGGAUGACGUAGCUGAGACUGUGCUGAUGAAUUUCCUGCGUGGGGACGUGGGGCGUCUGCGGCGCUGCGCGGGGAUACUGACGGGCAGCGAGGGGGCACUGCCCCGCUGCAAGCCCCUUAAGCACGCCUACGAGAAGGAGAUUGUGCUGUACGCUUACUUCCAAGGCCUGGACUACUUCAGCACGGAGUGCGUGUACGCGCCCAACGCCUACCGGGGCCACGCCCGCACCUUGCUCAAGGACCUGGAGGCCACGCGGUCCAGCGUGGUGGCUGACCUGGUGCACUCGGGCGAGCGGCUGGCCGUGCGCCAGGACGUCCGCCUGCCCACCCAGGGCACCUGCCAGCGCUGCGGCUACCUCUCCAGCCAGUCGCUCUGCAAAGCGUGUGUGCUGCUGGAAGGGCUCAAUCGCGGCCUUCCUCGGCUGGGCAUCGGGAAGCCUAGCCGCUUGCAGAAGGCUUUGGUGGGUGGGGAGAAGCCGGAGACCAGGGUGCAGGAGGAGGAGGGCUCCCAGGGCCCCAGGACAAUAGACUUCUGAUCGUACGCCUCUCCAUGCGGCUCUUUUCUCCUCUGCUGCUGAGUAGGGAUGUGCACGGAACCGGAGGGGGAACGAGAAUGAUGGGGGGGGGACACCUUUUUUGAAGGGUGCUCUUACCACUCCCGCCGCGUUUCCCCCACCGGACUGGAAGUGACCGGAAGCACCCGGCACACGAGUGCGACGUGCACAUAAGCACAACAUAUGCGCAUGAUCUGGGUAUUUCCGGUCUGACGAGGCAAUAGGGUGACAGGGAGGUACACUGCCGCCCCACUGGACCCUUCUAAACUGCAGCGCCGGUGGAGAUAAGAGCACUCUUCCCCGCCCUUAAAGGUAUCCCCCCCCCGCCACCUUCGAACCACUGGUCUUUGGGGCAUGUUUGGAGGCCCAUAAAAGGGCCUCCAAACAGAUUUGUGCGCAUCCUUCCCUACUGCUGAGAAAUGUCACUGAGGGCAAAAAACCACAAUGAAUUGUGUAGAGACGUUGUUGUUUACAAUUACGUGGGCAAUACCAUGAGGUCAUUCACACUAUCAGAAAUUGUGGCCUACCCAGGCUUGGGAGCUGUGUGUGCUCCCAGUUUUCGAUUGUGUGGAAGCAAGGUAGGAGGAAAACCUGGGUAGUUUUUCCUCCUGCCUUGCUUCCACUCAACUGAAAACUGGGAGCACACCCAGUUCCCAAACCCAGGUAGAACACAGUUUUUGACUGUGUGAAUGACGUCUGUGUGUUCUCCACUGGGGGUAGGGGGCAUAGCAAGGUUGGAGUGGAAAGACAGAUGAAGAUGGGCCUCUACUAUUCCGUCUUGUUCUUCAGAGAAGCAGGAGUAGGUGACAAUGAAGAGCAAGCUGCCACCCAGCCAGUGGACAGCCUUUCAUUCAGGGGCCCAGAGACAUUUCUACACACACACCCCACACACACACCCCUCAUUCAAUUAUAGCGACACCCUUGGCUGAGGUAGCUUCCUGGAGCUACCUUGGUGGGGGGCAGUGUUCCUUCUAACAGGGAUUCCCAAAUGUUGUUGACUACAACUCCCAUAAUCCCCAGCCAAAGGCCAUUGCACCUGGGGAUGCUGAAAGUUGUAGUCAACAACUGGGAAUUCCUGUUAGUGGGAACAGUGAGGGGUGGGGACAGAACCCUGGGAGUGACCAGCAUGAAGUAGCAACUUGGGCAAGCUCAGAAGAUGGCGGCUCAAAGAGGAAGAGCCAGUGACAAAAUGGCAGAUGGUUCAAAACUUGACAUCCACAGCAAAGGGGAUUUUUAACACCCAAGCCCUUGGAUUUCUGGAGAAUGUUGCUGCAGGGCAGGAUGGAAGCCAGAGACGCUGCUUUGCGGGGGAAGAAAAUGGAGAUAAAUUCGUGUCGUUGCCGUUGAGUCGGUUCCGACUCCUGGCGACCGCAGAGCCCUGUGGUUGUCUUUGGCAGAAUACAGGAGGGGUUGACCAUUGCCAUGUCCCAUGAGAAAGGUUAAAACUGGUGAGGCCGGCUUUGCAGUAUUUGCUGGAAGGGAAGGAUGGGAGAAGCAAGGCCAAGGGCCUGCAGAGCUAUUUCAGAGAAGCCUGGUUGCUGCUGGAGUCCCUCGGCUACCUGGCAGUGACUCUCCAUGUGGUCAGGGUGGUACAGAUAUGGCUGGCACGAGCAUUUGUGUUCUCUCUGUCCCUGCUGCCCAGGGAGUUCCUCUCUGGCCUUAAAUCACCACAUUAAACUUUGGAUUUUGACCACUC